GGGCCUUUCUCUGGUGACCCGGAACCGAGGGGACCCUUAGUGCUCUGAGAUCCUCGGCUGCGGAGCGCAAGGGAAGCAAGUAGAAAUCCCCGGAAGUCGUCUCGCCUACGCUGAAUGCUCUGGGCUUUUUCCAGAAGAGGAAAAAAAUAGGAAGUGACGUCUGGGCCCGAAGCAGGCCGGGCUUGCGGGUCUUUACAGAUCAGGCUGCUGGCCCCGGCCGGACCGGAGCAUCGCCUGCGGUCUGGGUGGUCGUGCCACCCGCCGGACGGUCCCCUGUCCCGGGAUCCGCUCGCCACGCGAGAGCGAGCUCAGCCCGCGGCGACAGAGCGGGAACGCCCUCCGGGACACCUGUCGCUUGUGAGACAGCUUUUAUUUAAAAUAUAUAUAGCACCUUUCUCCUCUCGUAGGACAAUUUCAAGAGUUAGGAAGAACGCGGAGCCCCUGCGGUUAGCUUCGUCGGGGUCGGUACCCACUGCCUGCGUUUAGACUCCCUAAGCUUCCCUGAGCUCUGGCAGGUAUUUUAAUAUCCCAAUUCCAAGAAUACACUGGAUCACACCCUUAAAACACCAAGAAGAAACUAUGAAGAACUGCUUUAAUUAUUGAAACCAUGGCUACAUCAGCAAAUCUGGACAUUGGGGCCCAGCUGAUUGUGGAAGAGUGUUCCAGCAGCUAUAGUCUUUCUGGCAUGCCAGACAUCAAAAUUGAGCACCAGCUGGACCCAAACUCAGAAGAAGGGUCAGCUCAGGGUGUUGCCAUGGGAAUGAAGUUCAUAUUGCCAAACCGAUUUGAUAUGAACGUAUGUUCUCGAUUUGUGAAGUCCUUAAAUGAAGAGGAUAGUAAAAAUAUUCAAGAUCAAGUGAACUCUGACCUGGAGGUGGCAUCUGUCUUAUUUAAAGCUGAGUGCAAUAUCCAUACAUCUCCUUCUCCUGGAAUUCAAGUAAGGCAUGUCUACACCCCUUCUACGACGAAACAUUUCUCACCCAUAAAACAGUCUACAACUUUAACCAACAAGCACAGGGGAAAUGAGGUCUCUACCACACCUCUGUUAGCAAAUUCUUUGUCUGUCCACCAGUUGGCAGCUCAAGGAGAAAUGCUCUACCUGGCUACUCGUAUUGAACAAGAAAAUGUUAUCAAUCACACGGAUGAAGAAGGAUUUACUCCCCUGAUGUGGGCUGCGGCACACGGGCAAAUAGCUGUGGUAGAGUUCCUACUUCAGAAUGGUGCAGAUCCCCAGCUUUUAGGAAAAGGUCGAGAAAGUGCCCUGUCAUUGGCCUGUAGUAAGGGCUACACGGAUAUCGUCAAAAUGCUGCUUGACUGUGGCGUUGAUGUCAAUGAGUAUGACUGGAACGGCGGGACACCUUUGCUGUAUGCCGUCCAUGGGAACCACGUGAAGUGUGUGAAGAUGCUGUUAGAAAAUGGAGCUGACCCAACAAUUGAAACAGAUUCUGGAUACAACUCUAUGGAUUUAGCUGUGGCUCUGGGCUAUAGAAGUGUUCAGCAGGUCAUUGAGUCACAUCUGCUGAAGCUGCUUCAGAACAUCAAGGAGUGAUGCGGCCUCUGCACUCCUGCGUCCUUACAAAUGAUGGUUUUGUUUACAUGUAAAUUUUACCUCAGUUGCAAUAUUUGCUGGUUUUUAGUGAGUUUUAAGAAAUAUUCCUUUGGAUAAUUCACUGGUUUAUAUUAAAAUUAACCCUGAUUUUUUUAAAUAAAUGUGUUUUACUCUAUAUUUAAAGUUAUAAAUGAAUGUUUUAUGGCAUGUAAACUUUUAUGGUACAGGUGGUUGUGUGUCUUUGUAUCAAGUACCACAAUUUGACACUUUGAGAAUUUCCACCUUGUUUAUCUUCACUCUUGUAUUAACUCUUUGACUUUGCACAGGGCUUAUUGUAAGUCUGGGGGAGGGGGGAAUAAUGUUCUUGUUGAACUAAAAAGUACACAGUGUGAUGGUUUACAAAAUCAUGUUUAAAUAAAAUACUAUUGCUGUC